CGAACGACAGCUCCAGUCUUCUAGGGCUGGGGCCGUGGCUGGCGAUGGCGAUGGCGCUCCCGGACGUACUCCUCUGUUGCCUGUGGGUGGUUUGGCAUGGCCAGCCCGGCCUCGGACUGCCCCUGGCGCCGGCCGGAUGCCGGAGUCCCGCUGCGGCGGUUGAACAGUUUUGGCAUGUGACUGACUUACACUUAGACCCUACUUACCACAUCACAGAUGACCAUACAAAAGUGUGUGCUUCAUCCAAAGGCAUAAAUGCCUCCAAUCCUGGCCCUUUUGGAGAUGUUAUGUGUGAUUCUCCAUAUAAACUUAUUUUGUCAGCGUUUGAUUUUAUAAAAAAUUCAGGACAAAAUGCAUCUUUCAUGAUAUGGACAGGGGACAGCCCACCUCAUGUGCCAGUGUAUGAACUCUCUACAGACACAGUCAUAACGGUGAUUGCUAAUAUGACAAAGACUAUCCGGAGUCUCUUUCCUAAACUCCAGGUUUUCCCUGCACUGGGUAAUCAUGACUAUUGGCCACAGGAUCAACUGCCUACAUUCAACAGCAAGGUAUACAAUGCAGUAGCAGACCUCUGGAAACCAUGGCUAGAUGAAGAAGCUAUUCAGACUCUAAGGAAAGGUGGCUUCUAUUCACAGAAAGUUCCAAAUAAUCUGAAUCUUAGGAUCAUCAGUCUAAACACAAACUUGUACUACGGCCCGAAUAUUAUGACCCUGAAUAAGAGUGACCCAGCAAAUCAGUUUGAAUGGCUAGAAAAUACACUGAAUACCUCUCAGCAAAAUAAGGAGAAGGUGUACAUCAUAGCACACAUUCCAGUGGGGUAUUUGCCCUUUUCACAGAAUACUACAGCCAUGAGAGAACACUAUAAUGAGAAACUGAUAAAUAUUUUUAGAAAAUACAGCAAUGUCAUUGCAGGACAAUUUUAUGGACACACUCACAAAGACAGCAUUAUGGUUGUUUCAGAUGCAAAAGGAAGUCCAAUAAAUUCUGCAUUUGUGGCUCCUGCUGUUACUCCGGUGAAGGGUACUUUACAAAAACAGACCAACAACCCUGGUAUCAGACUAUUUCAGUACGAUCCUCAUGAUUAUAAAUUAUUGGAUAUAUUGCAGUAUUAUUUGAACCUGACAGAUGCUAAUCUAAAGGGAGAAUCCAACUGGAAGCUGGAGUAUAUCCUGACCAAGACUUACAAUAUUGAAGAUUUGCAACCAAGCAGUUUGUAUGAAUUAGCUAAAGAAUUUGCAACCCCAGACAGUGAGAAAUUUGUAAAAUACUAUAAUUACUACUAUGUGAGUUACAACAGCAGUGUAAUUUGCAGUGAGAAAUGUAAGGCCUUUCAAAUUUGUGCAAUUAUGAAUCUUGAUCAAAAUUCCUAUGUAGCUUGCCUCAAACAUUAUUAUAUAAAGUCCAAUCUAUAGUAUUUCACAACUUGUGUUCAUAGAAAAUGUAACAUUGCUCUGUUUAUGAGAUCAGUUUGUGGGAACUGUUACAUAAAUCUUUGUGAGUUACUGAGUGGGCAAGCAGAAUUCCUUUCUUUCUUGUGAUGCCUAG